UUCUCUGUAUCUCUUCCUCUCUGUUUCUUUCUCUCUGUGUAUUGUUCUGUGUUAUAUAUCUUUCUUUAUUUGGCUACGCGAUGUGAACAUGUCUUCUCUCCCACCGGAUUCAACCAGUUUCUGUAAACUCUGAUUGCGAUUUCCUCAUCCCCUUUUGGAUUUUUUUGUCUCCUUUCUUUGGUUUUUCUUCUUGUGGGGUGGUGGGGGUGGUGUCACUCUCAAGUUUCCAAGAAUCGACCUCUUGUAAAUAAUUUUCCCAUUUUUCCAUAGAUUCAGACGAGUCUGUUUCAAUCUUGUUGUUCUCAAGGAUCAAUCUUUUUCACGUGGGCAUCCCGAAGUCGGCUGCUUUCCUUUCUCCCAUUGGCAUCAAGAACAGGACCCUGUUUCCCUGUGAUGGAACUGAGAUCAAUCCGACAGUGAUUGGAUCGCUCGUGAUGGAGAGAGGCCGAUAAGUUUUGAAAGCUUGGAGCAUAUUUUUGGUGAUACUCGGGGCAGCUUCAGGCAGAGAGAUUGUCCACGGCUUGUCAGUGGAAAUGGGGAGAGUAAAGCUAAAGAUAAAGAGAUUAGAGAGCGUUAGCAAUCGGCAAAUAACUUACUCGAAAAGGAGGCACGGCAUAUUGAAGAAAGCUAAGGAGCUGUCGAUAUUAUGCGAUAUAGAUAUCGUCCUUCUGAUGUUUUCUCCGACUGGAAAGCCCACAUUAUUCCACGGAGAGAGAAGCACUUUCGAAGAGGUCAUUGCCAAGUUUGCGCAGUUGACUCCGCAGGAAAGGGCAAAAAGGAAGCUUGAAAGCCUCGAAGCACUGAAGAAGACGUUUAAGAAGUUGGAUCAUGACGUGAAUGUACAGGACUUUCUGGGUGCAAGCUCGCAGACAGCCGAGGAUAUGACCAAUCAAGUGAGGCUAUUGCAGGGUCAACUUGCAGAAGUACAGAAGAGAUUAAGCUAUUGGAGCGAUCCCGAGAAGAUCGACAACAUAGAACAUCUCAGGCAGAUGGAAGACUCCCUACGAGAAUCAAUUGGACAAUUACGUCGACACAAGGAAAACAUAGGAAAGCACCAGCUGAUGUCCCUUGAACGCACAAACCAGUAUGAGAAUGGGAUGCAGCUGCCUUUUGUGAUGCCAGGGAUGCAAGAAGUACAGCCUUUGUCGUGGCUUCCAAUUAAUGAGAAUCAUCAUUUGAUGUUCCAGAGCGACCCAAACUUUCUCUCGCAUGGGGCCAUUGCAAGCUCCUCAGAUGCUUCCCUCCCGGGAUGUUCUGCAUACUAUAGUGGAGGGGACAAGCAGGCAGAGAUUGGGCACAUGGGACAGGUUGAUAAUCUCGUGCAAGAUGGCUGUGUCCUGAACGACUUAAACGGGAACUCUUGCCUGCGUUUACAAGUCGGGGAUCAGUAUCAGUACCCGCAUUAUGCUGGUCUGAAUUUGGCCGAUGAUAAGAAAAUUAAGCAUGAGAUGGAGAUGAACAUACGAGGGCAUCCUGUGGAAUAUCAAGUUGGCGGCAAUGUCGAACUCCCAAGGCCCAUUUAUGACGAUGGGCAUCACAACUGGGGCACCGGGCAUGCACCUUGUGGGAUCACCAUGUAUAACGGGACCUCCUAUAACCAGCAACCAAACUGAGGAUGUUUGUGAUUCUUUCUCCAGCAAUAAGAGCGGUCUCUGAGCUCUGGUUUCUGUCUGUGCAUUGUAAUAAACGGAUUCUUCGGGACAACCACCUGCAACGGAUAGUCACAGACGAGACAGUAUAAAGAUAGGAUAAUUGUUCCCGUGAAGGAACUGAAAUGAUACCAUAUAGGGAAGAGAUCAAGUGGCAGCUUCUCCUAUCGGCAAUUUUGUCUUCGUGAUGUAUAUAUACACUUACACAUAAAUAUAUAAUAUAUAUACAAAUAUAAAUCAACAGUUUCCAUACAGGAGCAAUACCAGAAUCUGUUCAUACACUUUUCAUUUUUUUACUUAUUAUUCUUUUUAAGUUUGUAUAGGGAUGUGCUUUUACAUUCAUCCCCAGACCACCAAACCAUUAUUUAGUUGGCCUUUGUAUAUCAGAGACAAUACUGAGGUUUAUCAGUCAGCUAAGAAAUCUAUGUUGAUGGAAGCUUUCUGCAGAUGAAAUGGAAAAUGCCAUAAUUUACACUU